CCUAUUAAACAGCAUAGCAAGCAAACAUUGUUGUUGUUGCCGUUUGCCUUCUGAAAGCAUCAGAAACGACAUUCAUCAGCAGCAGUCGCCGACGCCACCAUGCCGUCACACAAGACAUUCAUGAUCAAGAAGAAGCUUGGAAAGAAGCAGAGGCAGAACAGGCCCAUCCCUAACUGGAUUCGCCUGAGGACCGAUAACACUAUCAGGUACAAUGCAAAGCGCAGGCACUGGCGCAGAACCAAGCUUGGAUUUUGAGGCGUUUCACUUGAAGUAUGUCGAAUUAGCUCCUGAUCGACUUGGAAGUUUGUGUUUUUUUAUCGCUUUAACAAUAUGACUAGACCUUAAGGUUUCUAUUGUACAAGGGAUUUUGAUGAUACCCUUGUCUAUUGGUACAAUUAUUCGUAGUUUGAAUUAAUCUUAUGCGACCUUUUUAUAA